AUGGUGGAGGACGAGGGCCCUCUGCCUCCCACUGUGAGCCUAGGGCUUCACUUCCUUCCAGAUGUACAGGCUGAGACAACAGAAGACAGUGUCUUGCUGAUACAUACCCUCUUGGCAGCAACCAAGGACCCUCUGGCCAUGGACCCACCAGUUGCCAACCAGCCGAAGAAAAGCAAGACCAAGAAGGCCCCUAUUAAGGCUAUUACUAAGACUGACCCUCCAGUUCCAUCUGCCAGUGUGAUUCCCACCACCAAGUUUAAAGUAACUUUUCCAGCUUUAAAUCUGCCAAUCAUUCUCCAGAUCAACCAGGCUUCAGCUACCACUGAGGUAGCCAAUACUCAGGCUUCUUCAUUCACUGCUUAGCCUAAGAAAUCUAACACAAAAAAAGUUACUGCUAAGGCAACCCAAUGUUCCCAAUUUCCAAUUGACAGUGAGAGUGUCACUACACAGAUCAAGUUACCCUUGCAGACCCUAAACCUGCUAGUCGUUCUUCAGACUACCCAGGCUCCAAUUGCCAAUGAGUCAGCCAAUUCUCAAGCUUUGUUAGGCCCCACCACACCUAAGGAAGUUUCCAGGGCUAAGAAGGCUGAUAAUAAGGUCAUAGCUAGUGCCACUGAUAUCUCACUGGCUCCAUCCACUAUUUACACAGCUACCACCCACAGCCAAAUUGCCUCCAUCCGAACUAAGAAAGGCUCUAAAGCCAAGAAGGCAAUUAUUGUUAAGGGCACAAAUACUGAUACUGAGCUCCCAGAGGCCUCAGAUGCCACUGAGAUAGCUACCAGGCAGACUGAGGCCUCAGCAGCAGCUAUCUGGCCCCCAAAAUCCAAGGGCAAGAAAGUUGUCUACGAAGGCCCAAAAUCUGCCUGUGAGAUCUCUGAGGCCCUACCUGCCAGUCAAAUGGUCACAAACCAACCCCUAGCAGCCACCCUCUGGGUCAAGAGAGGGUACAGGGGUCAGAAGGUUGACACUAAGACCCAAACAACCGAAAGCCAGACUCAAGUUGACCAAGGGAUCCAGGCCAAGAUGGAUACCUCUCAGACCCACAUAAGUUCUCUUGAGACUCAGGUUGCUGCUUCUGUCCAGGCCCUGGCAGAUGACUACCUGGCUCAGUUUAGUUUGGAGCCCACAACUAGGACCCAGGGAAAGAGGAACCAAAAGUCCAAGAAUCUGAACAAGGAUGAGAGAGGUGAUGGUAAUUAUAGGUGGAUCCCAUGGAGCCAGAGGCCUCUGCUAUCCCGAGAUGUGGCCAUUUUGCAAGAAAGGGCAAAUAAGUUGGUGAAAUGCCUGUUGAUUAAGGACCAAAGCUCCCUUCCUGCAGACAUGCUGAAGGAUGUCAUCCAAGAAUAUGAUGAAUAUUUCUCAGAGAUCAUUGAACAAACAAGCUAUGCUCUGGAGAAGAUGUUUUGAGUCAAUCUGAAGGAAAUUGAUAGUAGCUUGUAUAGUCUCAUUAGCAUUCAGGAAUCCUCUACAGGCAUACUGAGAAUGACCAAGGGCACACCCAAACUAGAUCUUCUCAUGAUGAUUCUGAGUGUCAUUUUUAUCAAUGGCAACAAGGCCAAUGAGGCUGUCAUCUGGGAGGUGCUGCGCAAGUUGGGGCUGUGCCCUGGGUACCUGGAAUACAAGAGGGUCCCCAACAGCAGACCACCUGAAUAUGAGUUCUUCUGGGGCUUGCGCUCCUACCAUGAGACUAGCAAGAUGAAAGUUCUCAAGUUUGCCUGCAAGGUGCAAAAGAAAGACCCCAAGGACUGGGCCAUGCAGUACCAGGAAGCAGUGGAGAUGCAAGUCCAAGCUGCAGCUGUGGCUAUAGCUGAGGCUGAGGCCAGAGCUGAGGCAAAAGCCCAAAUGGCGAUUGGAGAGGAAGCUAUGGCUGGGCCCUGGAAUUGGGAUGACAUGGAUAUCGACUGUCUAACAAAGGAAGAGUUAGGAGAUGAUGCUCAGGCCUGGAACAGAUUUUCACUUGAAAUUGAGGCCAGAGCCCAAGAAAAUGCAAACGCCAGUGCCAGCAUAGACUUCAGCAGAGAAGCUAGCACCAGGGCUAGCUAUAGCGAUGGUUCUAGUAUUAGCUUCAGUGGUGUACCCAGCCCUGGUAAUGUCUUUGGUGGCAGAGCUGGUAUUAGCUUUGGUGGCACAUGCAGCACCAGUGCUAGCUUCAGCAGUGUAGCCAGCAUUUGCUUUGACGGCACACCCAGCACUUGCUCCACUUUUAGUGGUGGAGCCAAUAGCUUUGGUGGUACAGCCAACACCAGCUCUAGUUUCAGCAGUGAAGCCAGUAUUAGCUUUGGUGGCACACUUUGCACCAGUGCCAACUUCAGUGGUGGGGUCAGCUGUAGUUUCAGUGACCUGCUCAACACCAGUACCAGUUUCAAUGGUGGAGCCAGCUCUGGCUUUGGAGGCACACUCAGUACCACUUCUGGUUUCAGUGAUGCACUCAUUACGAGCACCAACCUUGGCAGUACACUUGGCCCCAGUGCAGUCUUUAGUGGUGUACUUAGCACCAGCACUCGCCUAGGUGGCACACUCAGCACUAGUGGCUACUUUGGUGGUUUUCUCAGUUCUAGCCAGUUUGGUGGCACACUUAGUACCAGUAUCUGCUUUGGUGGCUCUUCUAGCACCAGUACUGGUUUUGAUGGUGUACUCAGUACCAAGGUCUCCUUUAGCAGCUCUUUCAACAGUUGCACCAACUUUGGUGAUACACUCAGCACCAGUCUUGGCUUUGGAGGCACACACAGCACCAGUGCUGGUUUUAGCAGUGCUGUCAGAAUUAGCACUGGCUUCAGCAGUGUUCAGUUCAGUUCAGUCGCUCAGUCGUGUCCGACUCUUUGCGACCCCAUGAAUCACAGCAUGCCAGGCCUCCCUGUCCAUCACCAACUCCCAGACUUUACCCAAACUCAUGUCCAUCGAGUCAGCAGUAAGGAAGUCUUUAUUGAUCAGGGAAUAGGAAUUAAGAAGGAACAAGUUUCAUCUUGA